AUGCAUCUUUGGAUUUCGUUGGUUCUGUUCUGUGCCGCGUCCAUGGGCACCGCCGAGACGUUUGCCAGUUACGGCGAGAUAUGCCAAAGGCUGUGUGCUUGUGAGGAGAGAGAGGAGAUACUGACAGUGAGUUGUGAAAACAGAGGAAUUGUGAGUCUCUCCGACAUAAGCCCCGUGUAUUUCCCCGUGUAUCAUCUGCUGCUUACAGGGAACCUUCUGACGAGGCUGUCCGCCGACGACUUCGCUGAAUAUAACGGACUGACAAUACUGCAUCUGGGCAACAACGACAUAUCCGAAGUCGAAUCGGGAGCCUUUAACGGACUUCAGGGAUUAAAAAGGUUACAUCUCAACAAUAACAAAAUUGAUGCCUUGAAGGAAGAGUUCUUCCUUGGCCUUGAAAGUCUGGAAUAUCUGCAGAUGGACUAUAAUUACAUCACUCAUGUAGAACCAAACGCCUUCGGCAAGCUUCUUCAUCUGGAGGUCUUGAUUCUCAACGACAACUUGAUAUCCGCUCUGCCCGUGAACAUCUUCCAGCACGUCCCGCUGACUCACCUGGACUUGAGGGGGAAUCAGCUGAAAGUGCUCCCCUACGCGGGUCUGCUGGAGCACAUGGGCAGCGUUGUGGAGCUGCAGCUGGAGGAGAAUCCUUGGAACUGUUCGUGCGAGCUGAUCGCUCUCAAAACCUGGCUGGAGAGCAUAUCCUACACCGCCUUAGUUGGCGAUGUCGUUUGUGAGUUCCCCUUCAGGCUUCAUGGGAGGGAUCUCGACGAGGUUUCAAAGCAAGAGCUUUGCCCACGGAGAGCCAUCGCUGAAUAUGAGAUGCCGCCUCUGCCACAUUUGAGCACCGAUGCAUACUUUAGGACGACGUCAGCUCUGGUCACAGCCUCCCUCGCCUCGUCUGGGAUUGCGCGGUCCUCGUCAAGGCCCACCAAAGGACCCCGCCAGUCGGGAAAAUUAAAAUCAAAGCCCACCUCUCGUGUCCCCUCCAAUAAACCACAAAAUUACGGUCAAAUUGUCUCAUAUCAGACCAAAUCCCCUGUGCCUUUGGAUUGCCCAACUGCCUGUACCUGUAACCUUCAAAUUUCAGACCUUGGCCUCAAUGUCAACUGCCAGGAGCGAAAGAUCGAGCGCAUCUCCGAUCUGAAUCCCAAACCAUACAAACCCAAAAAGAUGUAUCUUACGGGGAACUACAUUCCUGUGGUGCGUAGGUCAGAUUUCAUAGACGCAACUGGAUUAGAUCUCCUCCACCUGGGUAAUAAUCGUAUAGCUCACAUACAUGAGAGAGCGUUUGGAGAUUUGGCGCAUUUACGAAGGCUGUACCUCAACGGGAAUUUGAUAGACCGUCUUACGGUGGAGGUAUUUUACGGAUUGGAGAGUCUGCAGUUCUUAUAUCUAGAGUACAAUGUCAUUAAAGACAUAGCCCCUGACACUUUUCAGCACGUGCCCAGUCUUCAGUUGCUCUUUCUGAACAAUAACCUCCUGAAAACCUUGCCAGAGGGAACGUUUAAUGGCCUGACGUUGGCCAGGCUGAAUCUCCGUAAUAACCAUCUCCGAUAUCUGCCCGUCAGAGGUGUGCUGGAUCAGCUUACAGCGUUGGUGCAGGUAGAUUUGUUCGAGAAUCCCUGGGAUUGCUCCUGCGCCAUCCUAGACUUGAAGAUGUGGCUGGAGCAGCUUAGCACAGGCACAGUUGUGAAUAAUGUCAUCUGUGGCUCGCCCAAGAGGCUGGCUGGGGAGGAUAUGAGAUACAUUAAGACAGCUAAUUUCUGCCCCAAUAACUCUGAUAUACUUGCCUCCAUGAUCCCGCCCUCUGAAGAAUCGUUUCCUGGCAGCACUAUCACCAUAGAAACAUCCUUGGAUUCGGACACACAAUACAGCACCGUUCCUUUAUCUGUGCUGAUCCUAGCCCUGCUCAUGAUGUUCAUUGUGUCGGUGUUUGUGGCCGCGGGGUUGUUUGUGGCAAUUAAGAAGAGACGUCAAAAGACUCAGAAUGAGCAGAACAACUCCGCGAACGCCUGCAUCAGCUCCCUAAACAUGGAGUACGGCCUCUACAAGAAAGGGUCCAUUCCCAAAGUCCGAACGUCCGCCGGACACGUAUACGAGUACAUCCCGCCCGCUGCGGAGCCCGCGGGCAGAGCCGGCGCCUACACGCCGGCCGAGGGCCAAUCAGCGGAUGGAUACAGAGAUUUUGACGAGUUGAACGGGACGUUCCUGGGUAACUCGGAUGAAGAGGGAGCCAGUAAUGCAAUAAGCUCUGAAUACAGCGUCGCUACCCCAGAGCCUCUCAACAAGGCCUCCUCCCCUCUGCAGGAUGAUCAGUAUUACUACAGAGACGUCUUAGAGCCGGACAAACAUGUGCCCUACAGCGAUACAUUACCGUGCAGACAUACAGCCCCUUCCUGUAGUCGGUAUACCUCAGACUUCGAUGUGAGACAUCAGUACGUGCACCCGGAGAGAGUACAACAGACAAUACUUUACUGUACGGCACCAAGUACUGUUUAUGUCGAGCCCAACCGGAGCGAGUACUGGGAAUUGAAAGCCAAGCUUCACAUCGACCCUGAUUACCUUGAAGUACUUGAAAAGCGUACAACAUUUACACAGUUUUGA